AUGUCUGUUUUCUUCAAAGAAAUUCUACCUGGUAACCCUGUUCAGGCAGGCGACGUCGAGGCCCUGCUUGACCCUCUCAACCUCACCAUCCGCCCCGAAGAAUCUUCAGAAUACCAGCUUCUCCUCGCAGCAGUUCACGACUGCGCAGAACGUGUCUCCAAUCUUCCCGACUAUCAACCUGUCCCGGAUAUUGAGAGAUUUCCUCGUCAAAAUAUCCACCUUCCGGAAGAACACGAGCAAAGCUACGGCCAUGCCUGGGCGCAUCGUUUCAUCAUCGAGGGCGACAAGUCCUCACGCUCAGCUUUGGCGGGGAAGUCUGUUUGUCUGAAAGACUGUAUCGCUGUUGCUGGUGUGCCGCAGUUCUUUGGAAGCGAUGCAUUUCCCGCUUGGACGCCGUCGACUGAUGCGACUGUUGUCACCAGAGUUCUCGAGGCUGGUGCCGUGAUUACGGGAACAGCGACGUGUGAAAACUUCUGCAACUCGACAUCCUCCUUCACGAGUGCGCAGGGUACAAUCGACAACCCGCGCAAGGCUGGUUAUUCCGCUGGCGGUAGUACCUCUGGUGGCGCGGCUCUUGUCACGGGCGGUCUGGCCGACAUUGCUAUCGGUACAGACCAAGGCGGUAGCAUCCGUGUACCAGCCUCGCUGUGCGGUUGUGUCGGGUUCAAGCCAACACAUGGACUGGUCCCAUAUACAGGCAUCACGAGUGGCGAUCAGAUUGAUGACCACGCUGGACCACUCGCCAGGACGGUGGACGAAGUCGCUGCUUGCCUCGAUGCCAUUGCAGGCUACGAUGGGCUCGACGACCGAUCACUUGGCGCACCAUCACCCGGAUCAUUUAACUACCUGGAUUCAUUGGCCGGUGCAUCUGUCAAGGGUCUCCGAAUUGGCGUUCUGAAGGAAGGCUACGACAAUGAUCUGGUACAACCAGGCGUGAAGCAGACUUUCUUCGACACCAUCAAUAGGCUCAAAUCGCUCGGUGCAAAUGUCGAGGAAGUAUCAAUUCCCCUCCACAAAGAAGGCCCUUCAAUAUGGACAAUCCAGCAACGCAUUUCGGGCUCGGCAGGCAUCCUAGGCCAAGCCAACGGGCGUCGAGGUCUCUACUUGACUGAGUUCGAGCAAGCCCGUCUUCCAUGGACAUCUUCUGAAUUCGAGAAACUCUUCCCUUCCACCAAAAAUACAGUCAUCAACGGCAUCUAUCUCUCCCGCAAUUUCCCCGGUCUCUACGCAAAGACAGUCAACAUCGGUCGCCAAAUACGCGACGCAUACGAAGCAAAGUUCAGAGACUACGACGUCAUCAUCAUGCCAACGACACCCUUCGUCGCACCGCGUCACGGCUCACGAGAGUCUGUGCUCAAGUCCUUCGAGCCGAGCAUCGGGAUGACGAACAACACUGCCAUCUUCAACGUCACGGGUAACCCUGCUCUGUCACUUCCUGUUGGUUGGUCAAAGGCUGUUGAUGAUGCCAGUGUUCUGUUGCCUGUUGGGUUGCAGAUCGUUGGUGGCCUUUGGCAAGAGAAGAAGGUUUUGAACGUUGCGAAGGCGCUGGAGAGUAGUUUUGAUUGGGAGCAGGAGGGGAAGUCUACGGUCGAGGAGACGGAGGAUGUGCUGAAUGAGGGUAGCUGGCUAAUGGGAGGGUGCAUGAGUAGAUACCAAAGAGAAGCCGUUUCUGUGUCAUUGCGGCUAGCUGAGCAUGAGGGCGACGUGCCAUCGCCUGAACCUGCGCGAGGGAAUGUGACUGUAGUACAGCAGAGAAAUGACAGCAUAGGUGACCCAGACUUGGCUGCAGCUGUGUCACUCUCUGGCCUAAGUGUUGAUCCAUGGUUCUGUGCGAGAACACAGCAGCCUAUGCAGCUCCCUGUUGCGGUUCCCCAGGCAGCGGAUGAACAAGUGCAACACCAACCAAGUGCAGACGAUGGCCAAUUCGUCCCCAACUUUCUGUCACCACAAAUGCUCGACAGCGGCGUCGACUUUGACACUCACUUCCGCGAGUUCACCAGUUUCCUUGACGGUGUUGGACUCUCUGCCGAGUGGAGCCCUUUCUUUGGCGACCCUGACAGACAUGAGGAACCACCCAUCGAUCCCGCCCUUACACAAGACACUGAUGAAGAGACUUCGCCUCGACAAGGAGCUCCAACCCGAGCUGGAACACCCUUCAGCUCAUGGCUACCGUCUGCACCUACGGGUAAUCGGAUAUCCAAUUAUGUCUCUGACACAGACAAUCCAAGGGCCAUUGACCCCGAAACACGACCGUUCAAGGUCACCGAAGAGCAGAGAUCGAAGCUGAAAGCAUCUAUUCUUGACCACGCGCAUCUCCUUGACCCCGCUUUCUGUGUCCCAUCGAGACACGCUCUCACGCGUUACGUGACUUCUUUCUUCGGCGGCUUUCAUACGCACAUGCCAUUCAUCCACAUCCCGACAUGGCAGAUCAACGACCACUCGCCUGAGCUGAUAUUCGGCAUCGCCGCUAUUGGGGCGCAGUACUGCUUCGAGUCGGGAGUCUCGGGGAGGUUGUUCUUCGCCGGGAAAGCGCUGCUGAUGGAAAGGCUGAGAAAGGAAUCAAACUCAUUUAGCCUCUCAACGCUUCCCAUAACUCAUGUCAAUUCACAAAAUGGUCGGCGUGGCGAUACGGAGGCUGAUUCGGCAGUUGAGACCAUCAGGGCCUUGAUCACGCUCAUGGGCUUUGCAACUUGGGAACCGAAAGCGCCAAUGGUCCAGGAGUCCUUCAUAUUGCAAGGCAUUCUCACUCAGGUCCUUCGAAACUCUGGCCUUGAGGACGUCGAUGAGACCACGUCGCCAACGCCAUCAGAUCAGCCAAGUGACGGCAACUCAUUGUGGCACGAGUGGAAGACGUGGAUCAAGCAAGAGUCAAACAGGCGCUCCAAGCUCAUCGGCUUCUCAUUCCUUCAUACUCACAGCAUCGCAUACAACGUCUACCCAACGCUCCGUAGUAACGAGAUCGGUCUUCGCCUGCCGUGCUCCACGAAGGAAUGGAAAGCUCCGACACCAGCGUUAUGGCGCGCUGCGACAAAAGAGAUUCAAGAGCCACAGCUGUUCUUCCGAGAAGCGCUAUCAUUACUUCUUAAGAACAAGAGUGACACUGCGCCAUUGUUGCCGAUUCCUACGCCGUUGGGUAACUAUGUCCUUCUCCAUGGACUACUGCAGAGAAUACACAUCGUGCGAGAUCUGAGCCUUCCAGUCACCAACUCGGCUGUCCUUCCUAGUGAAGAGGUUGAGAAACUCGAGCGAGGGUUGCGCUCGUGGACUUCGUGCUGGCAACAAGCACCAGAGUCAACCCUCGACCCAAACAACGAGAACGGACCGAUCCCCUUCACUUCCAGUUCUCUUCUGUCGCUAGCUUAUGUGCGCAUAUAUCUGCACUUGGGUCCUUACAGACAGCUUGAGACACGAGAUCCGCAACGUAUCGCCAAUGCCAUCGCAAGCAGUCCCGAUAUUGAGCGAAGUGACGGCGUUAUUGCUGCGCUCCUCUACUCGGCGCACAUGAUUGGCAUCCCGGUCAGACUUGGAGUUGAUCGAGUCGCUCGGAGUCAAGCCUUCUUCUGGAGUGUGAGACACUCACUAUCUGGUCUGGACUGCGCAGUGUUGUUGAGCAAGUGGCUAUCGAAGCUUGGAGAAACAAUCACCGACCAUCCACUGAGUGAUAGCGAAGACAGGAUCUUACACUGGGUGAGAUGCAUCGUCGAGGAGGCAUACACGGUCGUCGAUUUCGAUCAAGGUGUAGACACGGAUCAUCCAACUCUUCUCGACUUCCGACAUCCUAGUAACUUAUGCCUGGCAGUUCUAAAGAUAUGGGCACAUUUCUUCAAGAGUAAUACGCAAUGGCCUUUCAUCAACAUCAUUGGUAUCGGGCUGGAAAAGUACAGGGAGAUUCUUAUUCACAAGUACCUCGGUUGA